CACUGAUGGGCACUGAUAGGCAGCACUGAUGAGCACUGACGGGCGGAACUAACAGACAGCACUGACUGGCAGCAACUGAUGGGCAGCACUGAUGGGUGGCACUGAUGGGCACUGAUGGGUUUCACUGCAGGGCACAGAUGGGCACUGGUGGGCACUGGUGGGUGGCACUGCUGGGCACAGAUGGGCACUGGUGGGUGGCACUGCUGGGCACUGGUGGGUGGCACUACUGGGCACUGGUGGGUGGCACUGCUGGGCAGCACUGCAGGGCACUUGUGAUCACCUGUGUCUGAAGAUCGAUGGGUGUGCAUGGGAGGGCGCAUU